GCAGAGCAAAGAGAGACAGCAAACAGGGAGGAGCGCUUUGAGGACGACAACUGAAAUUUCUCGACGAUUCUUACAGUUUUUGGAUGUGUCAGGAUGUGAAGCUCAAACUGCUUGUUUUUAAAUGCUGGAUUUGAGCCGCCGGCGGGGCGCCAUGGACGGGAUAAACCGGUGACGGUACCGUUACUACUUUGACAUUCCUCACCGGGAGCCUCGAUGCCUCAGCUUCACUGUGAGUUUAUCUAUGGCGUCUGUUUCAGCCCUUUGAAUUAGCGCUGUAGUUGUCGUUAUCACGGCUCUGGCUAACGGUGACGGCCCGGGAUGUUGCACAUUAGUCGGUGAGAACAGAUGUUGGUGAUCCGCGGUUUCUGGACCAGUUUGAUGGAUUUCCUCCAGCUUCACUGUGAAUAAAUCAGCGAGAUGUAUGCCGGGCGGAAAAGAAGAAAACCGGCCCAGAAAGGAGUCAAACCGCCCCCCAUCGAAGGCGCCAAAUCCAACCCAUCCAAACGCCACCGUGACCGCCUGAACUCGGAGUUGGACCGGCUCGCCAGCCUCUUGCCCUUCCCCGAAGAUGUCAUAUCGAGCCUGGACAAGCUGUCCAUCCUGAGGCUCAGCGUCAGCUACCUGCGCACCAAGAGCUUCUUCUCAGUGGCAUUGAAGAACCGGCUAUCCAGUGGCACGAACAGGAGCAGCGAUCACAACAAUGCCAGCAAGACGACGGGAGCUACAGAGAUCCAGAUACCCGAGGGGGAGCUGCUUCUUCAGGCCCUGAACGGCUUCGUUCUGGUGGUCACGGCUGAGGGAAUCAUCUUCUUCUGCUCUCACACCAUCCAGGAUUACCUCGGCUUCCAUCAGACUGAUGUGAUGCACCAGAGUGUGUUUGAGCUGAUCCACACUGAUGACCAGCAGGAAUUCAAGAGGAACCUGCACUGGGCCCUCAACCCCCCUGUGAGCCUCGAACCCCCAACAGAUCCUCCAGAUGGGAAAUCGGCGUCGACCUCUUCCUGCCUGGUGAGCUACAAUCCCGAACAGCUUCCCCCUGAAAACUCGUCCUUCCUGGAGCGAAGUUUCGUCUGCCGCUUCCGCUGUUUGUUGGACAAUUCCUUCGGCUUCCUGGCGCUGAACAUCCAGGGUCGGCUGAAGUUCCUUCACGGCCAGAGCCGGCAGCAGUGCGAUAGUGACCGAACCGCGCCGCCCCAGCUGGCGCUCUUUGCCAUCGCCACGCCCCUCCAGCCUCCAGCCAUCCUGGAAAUCAGGACGCGGAACAUGAUCUUCAGGACCAAACACAAGCUGGACUUCACGCCCAUGGCGUGCGAUGCAAAGGGUAAGAUAGUUCUGGGAUACACUGAGGCGGAGCUGAGAGUGCGAGGUUCAGGAUACCAGUUCAUCCACGCUGCUGACAUGCUGUACUGCGCCGAAAAUCACGUCCGUAUGAUAAAGACGGGUGAGAGCGGCCUCACCGUCUUUAGGCUGCUCACCAAGGACAACAGGUGGAAGUGGGUCCAGGCCAACGCCCGGCUCAUUUACAAGAACGGCAAGCCGGACUACAUCAUUGCCACUCAGAGGCCUUUGGCGGACGAAGAAGGAGGGGAACACCUGAGGAAGAGAUCUAUGCAUCUCCCCUUCACCUUUGCCACCGGUGAGGCUUUGCUCUACCAAACUGGAUAUCCGCUGCACGGAUUCUCCGACCCGCUCCAGGGCAAAGCCAGAGGCAGCAAGUCCAAGAAAAGCAAAGGAGAGAAGGGCUCUUCAGAUGAGCUGGACCCAAAGUCCCUACUCGGGGCGCUGAUGAGUCAGGAUGAGUCCGUAUACGUAUGCCAGCCAGACACGGAGCCUAAAGUGUCCUACCACAGCACCCUUUUCAGCGAGCAGCAGAGCAGGGCUGAUGGUCUGGGUGCUUUGUUCAGUGGUGACAGCUGGUAUGUCGUCUCUAGCGAGGAGUCGCCAGGGGAACGCAACGGCAAAACCUCCAGUUUUGACCCCCUUCUGACCACAUUGGACUCUCUGUCUCUUGACGGAGAGGAAACAUGCUCCAACAGCGAACUGUUCAGCGCCCUGGAGAAUCUGGGCCUGAAUGCCGAGGACCUGGAGCGGCUGCUGCUGGACGAGAGGAUGAUGCAUGUGGAUCUGGACCCAGAUCACAUCCCAACUCUCAGUGACCUUCUCACCAACAACGAAAUCCUCUCCUACAUUCACGACUCUCUGGAGGGUGCGAGCGAGAGGCAGGAACAGGUGAACACAGGCAGAUUUGGGUCCUCAAACCACCAGUCAAACUCAGACUCUGCCCAAAGUGUCUCCCAGCAGGCGUGCUUGACUGCUGGACCAGUGACGGGGGGACCUGACAGUCACUGGGUGGUACGGACGGGGAAUCACCACAACCGUCAUCACACAAACCAUAACAAAGCCACGGAGCUGGACAGCAAACAUGUGAACGCUCCACAGUGGCAGCUGCAACAGGAACAGCUCUCUGCCCCCCUCCAGUACCUGCAGUUAAGCAGUGAGAGCACUCUGUUGUCUGGCUUCCAGAAUAAUCCGCUCGGACCGACUUUAAACGGGUCUUGCAUCCCAAAUGGACUCUCAGCUUUUCCCCCAAGCGUGGCUGCUGGACACCAACAUUACAGCGUCAGUGGCACAGAUGGCGCAGUGUUAAAUGACUCUACGUUACAGGAGGUCUGUCAAAGUUUGGUGAGCACUGUGCAGCCCUACCAGCUGCUGGGACACCAUAAGCAGGAACAGACUGAGGAGCUGGAGCAGUUACUGGUCCUGACACAGCCACCGCACAGUGUACCAUCCUUAGAGACCUACGGCGUGUUUGCUGCCACCCAAGACUCCACUCACAGCAAGCUGGAGAAUGGCUGCAUCCUUGGAGCCGCAAGCGCGGCGUACGUCAGGACGUGUCUGAUGUCCAAUGGGAACGCAGUGGCCACAGGCGACAUCCCAGUCCCGUGCCCAGAUGGACUUCCUGCCCUUCAGGACUCCCAGAAAUCUGGAUUUUUCCUCUGAGAAGGUAGAACAGAAAAGAGAAGAGGAAAGACUGACUGUGUCUGCAUGUGACAAUCAUGAUUUUAUAAGGAUGCAAACAAAAAAGACUUCAGAUCAGGUUCUCUUUAAUAGCAUUUGUUUCAUCUCACGUGUGCUGCUCAGAAAACCUCAGAUCUCCUCUGGUAGAGGAAGAGGACGAGCUCUCUCUGAAAGUGUCCACAUCUGGUUCAAACAUGUGGUCCUGACGAUCUGACCGCAACUGGGUUUUUGCUGUCAAGCCAAAACUCAUCACUUUGUGACCGAUGUGUAAACAGUUAAUCGAACAGAAAAUAAGUGGAAGACGCAAUUACACUCAAUUACUGCACUUUUUUAUCUUUAUUAUCUCUCUUUGGUGCUCAAAAUAACAAACGUCAACAAAAAGGCCGGUUUUAGUGGCACAUAAUGUGAAAACUGAACUAUUCAAGUACUGCCGGCUAUUUUUUUAACUGUAUGCACACCCAGCUGUUGGUUUAGGUUCAGCCUGAAAUGAUCUUCAAGUUUAAAAGACUUUAACUCUCAAACCACCGAGCUGUUUUUCCUGAUUAAAAUGACUUAGGGGGUUUAUUAAUUGAACUCAUUUCAGUUCAUUUUUUUAUGUUAAGUACUCUGUUAUAAUAUGUCGGAGCUUCAGUUACACUAAUUAGAGAUGCUUUAGAAGCAUAACAGCUAAUCACACACACACGUUUAUAGUUGUAAUAAUUUACUGUACCCAUUAACCUAACUUCCAUUAACUUGAGUGUGAUAGAAUCUAUCCUGCUUGUUCCUAUGAAAACCUUUUUGAUCACCACUUUGUAUUCAUGCAAAUAUCUUGAAAAAUAUAGAAUUAAAUACAAAUAUUCAAGUAAUAAAAUAAAUACAGGCAAACACUUUGAGCAUGAGCUUUGAGAAGUGAUCUCUAUGGUAGUUGAGAAGGACCAAAACUUACACGCUGAGCAUUAAUAAAAAUAAAAUAUCACAUAUGCUGCAUCAAGCAACAGCAAUCAGUCAGCGAAUCUUUAUUUGUAUAGCAUCUUUCAUGCAGCUCAGUGCAGUUUAAUGUACUUGAUUGAUGAAUGACAAGCUGGUAAUAAGACAUUAGCUUGCAAUGUUAGCCAAUUUUAAAAUAAAAUAAAAAGGCAGCAGAUGAAGUAAAACAGAAAUUUUAAAUGGUCUUUGGACAUGAUGAAAGUAAAACAGAUGAAAUAAUAAAUAAAGAUAUAUAAAAUAAGGUCAGAUAAAAUACAAUAAAAAGCAGAAAAUAAAAAAUAAAUAGAAUAAAAUGUUUAUUAAUGAAAAAGGUCUAAUGAGUAAGUAAAUUAAAAUAAUUUAAUUCAGUAACAAUCCUGAAGAACUUUUUAUCAAUGAUUUGCAGAUUGCAUGUAAUUGCCAACUUGACCCCAUUCAGUUGCAGACUGAUUGCAGACUCUGUCUUAUUGCAACAAAGUUGCUUUUAAGUCAGUGUAUUUUGUGGAGAAACACUCAAAAUAUUUUUCAUGACUGAAAUGUCUCAAAAAUGGUUUUCAAAACAGGGAAGUGAUUAGAAGAUCAGAUCAAAUCAAAGCAUCAAAUUCGAACAUAGAACAAAUCAUGCUUUCCACUAUCUUUGCCACACUAGUGAAUAAUUCCUGUCAAAACUAUGAAACUUUGUAGGAAAAUAGACUGAUGAAUCCAGGAAACAUUUUUAUGACGUGGUGUUGGGUCACGUGAAGGUUAAAGUCUUUAAAUCCUCUGAGAGCUAAUUCACCACAACCUUGAUGAUGCGUUGACCAAAAAAAAAACCAAAAAACGAAUCUCCUGUAAAGCCUUGAGUCUGCAGCUCAACUUAAACUGCAUUUUCUCAGCAAACUCAAACCAACAGCUGCCUUUAAAGUAGGAAACAUUUUAGCUUAAAGCUCAUGGUGUGGUGUGCUUAGAAAACUGGUCACAAGGAGUCAUUUGAAACAUUUAAAACCACUGGUGAAGACUUUAAUCAUAUACAAUCUGCAGUAUAUUUGAAUGCAAACAUUUUGAGCCAUUCAUUUAUGGAAAACGCUGUGACGUCAGAUCAGAGAAACAAACAGAUUAUUUAAACAUCAGUGUUCGUUUUGUCACCUAGAUGUAGAUCAACUGUGGGGUUAGUAGUUUUUUUUUCCCUGGUGCUACAUAUUGGAAAAUAAGCAUUUCUUUCCUAUUGAUGUUGUUUUAAAUGAGAUUUUCUUUGUCUUUUAAAAUAUGUUGAGAAAGGUUAAAAGGAACCCCGACUAUUUCAGCUUAUUGGCCUUAAUGUCCUCUGCUGAUCAAGCAAAUCCUAAAUGUUUCAGGUAUAUUUUGACCUACGAAAGCUGCCGUUAGUUUACAUGUGCAAUGCAUUCAGCUCAAAAUUACACAAAGGAUGAACUACUGUGAUAUCAUUUACGGUGCUUUGGUCCAAAUAAAGUUGAUUCAAUUUAAUGGCACCAAAUCACAACAGCAGUUGCCUCAAGGUGCUUUAUAUUGUAAGGUAGAGACCCUACAAUAAUACACAGAAAACUCAACAAUCAGACAAGCCUCUAUGAGCAAGCACUUGAUGACAGUGGGAAAGAAAAACUCCCUUUUAGCAGGAAGAAACGUCCAGCAGAGUCGGGCUCAGCCAUGAUCAGUGAGGGGAGAGGGGUUUAGACACAUGGACGUGAUAUAAGAAACGUAGAGGAUUAUUACAGUGGUCAUCUUCAUGUUGUACAGCUCGAGUACGGCCGACCAGAGAAAGUGUCUGUCUUGCUGUAGGGACCAUUAGGUGUCUCUACCCAGAGUGCACUGCAACUUUAAACAACAUGGCAGCCUAUUAGUGAAAGGACUUUUCCAGUUUUCAUAAAACGAAGGCACAAGAUGACAUCACAAGCUCUACACGAUUUCAUAAUCUGGGUUCCUUUUAAGAUUAGAGAGGACUAGCAGAUGGUUUUUAUCGGUUCACCCUAAUGCUGUAUUUUCGCCUUUUUGAAGUUUACACCAAUGUCGUGCACCGGCUUGGGCGGUCUGAUUUGUUGAUCAGUGGCGCUGAAAUCAAACAUCAAAGAGCAUUUUUUGGUUUGUUUCCUGACCGGAGACAGUGUGAAAAUCUCCCGUUAAUGCCUUUCAGCCUGUCAGACUCCCGACCAUUUAUUCCCUCAAAGUGUGAAUAACUAAAAAAAAUAUUUUAUUCUCAUAUCUAAAAUGAGAACUUGUAGCUGGUUUAGCACUGACUGACUUCCACACUUUAAACCCUGGUGCACAUUAAUUAGCAGUAUUAGAGCUCACCAGGCUGGGCUUUCUUCACGUGAAGCCCCUGUUGACCCUGCUGGUUGUGUAAUGUUUGAAAAUGUCUCGCUCACUGAGACUGCGAUCCAGCUGUUCUGAAGGCAGUUUACAUCAAAGCUUACAGCCCACUGCGUUCAUGUCAUGUCAGAUUAACUGGAACUGAAGAAGUUAUUAAAGUGAUAGUAAUCAAUAUGUCUGCAUGAUCAGAGGGUUAAACUGGGGCUGUCUGCUGAUAACCACAAUAUUUAAAUAUUUAAUAUUGUGUCAUGAACGAUGGUGUAACUGUUCUUUUUGUAUGUGUUUUAUGUUAAACAACACACAGUAAUAAAAAAACAAAAUGUGCUUGCAUCACAAAAAUAUUGUUAUUGGAAAUUGUGACAGCCCUAGUUUAAAUCCAGAAACUUCACAGACAGUAGCAUUUUUUUUUACCGUUCCUCUCAUCCCUCUUUGCAAAAUUUGCAAAGCAUGAAUUUUGAAGUGUGAUUUCAAAUUAUGAAGCAAAAGGAAAAUGAAAACUAAAGCCAAAGUUUUUGUCUCACACGAUAUAAAGUGUCUGUGAAACCAUCAGGAUUUUUGGUUGGUGCCUCAGCGUUUUAUCACAGGGCUGAUAUUAGCUGGUAUCAGUAUUUAAGACAACCUGUAAAUGAAAAUUAAAUAAGAAACACCCUUCAACCAUGCUAUGAGUGUUAAGCUUGCAUAGUUUGUCCACCAGAGGGCACUCUGCAACAUUCUUGUUUGUAAUUCGAGUUUGAAAGACCCUAAAACUGCAUUUUUACGGUCUACAAAACUGAUUUUGGCUGCUUGAUAAAAAAUGGCCUGAACUUAAAAUAAGUCUAUUUUAAGUUCAGGCCAAUUAAAACAUACUUUAAAAAAAGAUUUCCGUGUGGUGGUAGGACAAAACACCCUUGUUGGGCACUCAGUGUGGACAAUGCACAAUACAAAUAUUGCAGCAUAGCUAAAAACUUAAUUUUAUCUGUAACAGUGUAAGAAUAAAAACCUCAAUUCAGUUGUAAGAAAUUAAUUGUGACAUGCCAAUUUCAUGCUUUUGAUACGAGGGUAAAAUUAAUACACUUCAAUAGCUGUAAUCCUCACAGUGAGGCAUGACAAGGAUCUUUAAUCUAUAAAGCUAUGAUUAUGUUUUAGUUCUCUGCAUGUGAGUAGCUGUUGUAUUAUAAUGUAACUCUUGGGUAGAGCCUAACACUCACUAUUUGAUGAUGAAAUUAACCCAAGUGGACCCUACAGGAAUCACGAACACGUAAAGUGUAGCGCCUGACUUAAACAUUGCUUUCCCAGAUUUGUAAAAUUAAAAUAUAAAUGUACUGAAUCAGUGAAAUGUUAAAAACAACAAGAUAAAUACAAUCAAUAAAAAAAUUGUCCUGGAGUUACUCACCUGUUUCAGUUGCCCUAGUUUCCUUUCAGCUCAGUGUGAGAGUCUUUGCCGCUGUUAAUCAGCGCCUCUUUAGUUUCUUCGCUCCUUUCUUCGCUCACUCACUGUGAGUGAACCUCCUCACCCACGCAGUGGAGUACAACGUUAACACGUUAUGUUACUGUAAGCGUAAUAAAAGCUUCCCCAGAAAUGUUAAAUCAAGCAUAAAGUGGAGGAGGCAACAAGGAAAGCUUUUCUGUCGUGUUGACUCACGUCGACGAAAGUUUGUCAUGAAAUAAAAAUGUGGAAAAGUUGUGGAAAAAAUGAUUCUUUGACCUCAUAAACACAAAGCAUUAAUUUUUAAUGGAAUGCAACUGAAAUAUAUAAAAUAAAAGGUUUAUUUACUUCAUUGAGGAGUGUGCUUGGUAUAAACUGAAUGUAUACUAAUCGCAUAAAUUUCUUUUGAGUAGAUUCCACUGAAUUGAACAUUUUAUGUGGUAUUAUUUAACAAAAUUACAGAACAUUUACUUAAAGUCAGCAUUUUGGGCAUAAAUAGCCUUUUGCUGUUUGUAUUCUCCAUGCAGUUUUAGCACUCUUUGUGUAGCUUUUUAAAUCAAGAUCAGUCCACAUAUUUAAUUAUGUAUAAUUAUAAAAACUUAGUUUAGACAUCAGUUGAACUGGUUUUGGCUUCACUUGAGGCUGUGGACUUCCUUUGGCUGCUCACUAACUAGCUGAAAGGCACUGUUGCACCUUAAGAGAGCCGUUUCAAGACACACUGACAGAUUUUGUCUUGGUGCGUAUAAUGUGGCAGGUAACAACAUCAUUAUUUUAGCUUUGUGUUUUGACAUAUAUUAGCUCAGCGGUGACAUGACAUGAACGGAGAUAUUAAGAGCAGCUGGAGGGCAGACGGGACAGCAUUUAGCAUUUAGCACUGACUCAAAAACCAAAUGAGGCGCUCUGUUGUUGAAUGUCUCGUGUGAACCACGAAGCUUUGAACUCGCCACAGAAAGGUGCUUAGAAGCGAUUUUUUGCUCACGUCAGCCGACGACAAUCGAAACGCAUUUAUAGAUUUGCCUCUUUGUUUUUGUUUUUUUCCUUUUCUUACUGACUUUUUCUUAUGAUCAGAUGAUGAUCAGAUUUUUCUUAAAACAGAUAAUUUAAAAUCAGUAGUCAGAUCACACACUGAUACGCUGUAUGGAAGAAAAAAAAACUUUAUGAAAUCUCAAGGCUAUUUACAACCUGAAAAACUAAUUGUGUGUGUGUAUAAGAUGUGUUUAUAAUGGUGUUGUUCAAGCACUGCUUUGUAAUCACAGCUCUGAAAAGCUCUUGCACUGAAAGUAGUUUUUAAGAAAAGCAUUUUAUGAUUCCUUGUCAUAUGAAUAUUGUCCCUAAGAGUCUCAGUGUGUUUUAUCUAUAUGUCAUGUUUGAAGACACGUUAGCUCAAAGCAGUAUGGUGCCAUAACAAUGAGCAAAGACCUGCUCUGCUCUCAGCAUUUGGAGACUUUAAAAUCACUCGUUUCACUUGUUAAAACCCACUUUGUCCACAGAUUUCAUCUUUCUUUUUUAAAAAUUUGAGUUUAAAUUAAACCAAACUCUCCCUGUGCUGUUUUUUAAUGCACGCAGACUUUAUUUUGCGGUUUGUUUGUUUUGUUUUUUUAAAUCACUGGAAGUUGUAGUUGUGUGCUAACAUGUGUUUAAAAAACAAAAAAAUGCAGUCUGCCAUGUGUCGAAAUGUGCUCUUGGAUCCUUGAAAUAAAGGAUUUUGUGUAAUCA